CAUUGGGACAUGAGGCAAGCUAGCUGCUGCUGAAAAGGGAGAAAUUAGUGAUGGAGUCUUCCGAUCAGUUUCCAGCAGCUGAGGGUGCAGCGGCCGUUGAUCAUCGCGGUGGAGACGGCGCUCCAAGUGUCGCCACCACCGGUAACUUAAACGACCGGAAACUUUCGUGGGCGAAGUUGCACCGAGUCGACUCCCUUAAUUUGGAGGCUGGAAAUGUUCUUUUCAGUCAUGCUAAUCACCGGAGUACCGAGGGCAGUUUUGGUUGGAAAACCACGUUGAGUUUGGCGUUUCAAAGCAUUGGAGUAAUAUACGGUGACAUUGGGACUUCUCCACUCUACGUUUACUCGAGUACAUUUACAAAAGGAAUAACCCAUACAGACGAUGUAUUGGGGGUUUUGUCUCUAAUUCUCUACACCCUCAUUUUGGUGCCCAUGAUCAAGUAUGUCUUCAUAGUCUUGUGGGCCAACGACAAUGGUGAUGGAGGGACAUUUGCACUCUACUCCUUGCUGUGUAGAUAUGCAAAGGUGAGCUUAAUACCAAAUCAUCAACCAGAGGACAAAGACGUUUCAAAUUACAGGCUGGAAGUACCUUCUAAUCACUUGAGAAGGUCUCAGAAGAUUAAGGAGAAGCUUGAAAAAAGCAAUAUUGCCAAGAUUGUGCUUUUUCUGUGCAGCAUCCUAGGAACUUCAAUGGUGAUUGGUGAUGGUGUCCUAACUCCAUGCAUUUCAGUUCUUUCUGCUGUGGGUGGGAUCCCGUCCCUGAGCAAAGAUGCUAUCGCCGGAAUUUCCAUCGCGAUUCUAGUCUGUUUGUUCAGAAUCCAACGGUUUGGAACUGACAAGGUGGGAUUCGCUUUCGCUCCGGUCAUCACAUUGUGGUUUCUGUUCAUAUCCCUGACUGGACUAUACAACUUGUUUAAGUAUGAACCUGGAGUUUUUAGGGCAUUGAAUCCAGUGUACAUCGUUGAUUACUUCAGAAGAAAUGGUAAGGAUGGAUGGAUAUCUUUAGGUGGAGUUGUUUUGUGCAUCACAGGAACUGAAGCUAUGUUCGCUGAUCUGGGUCAUUUUAAUGUCAGGGCCAUUCAGAUCAGUUUCUCUGCUAUGGUUUUCCCGGCAUUAUCAGCAGCAUAUGCAGGACAAGCUUCUUACCUCAUGAAAUUUCCAAAUAAUGUGCAUAAUGCUUUUUAUGACUCUAUCCCAGAUCCAAUAUAUUGGCCUACUUUCGUGAUCGCCGUUGCCGCGGCGAUCAUUGCUAGCCAAGCUAUGAUAUCUGGAGCAUUUGCAAUUAUAUCUCAAUCCCUCAGCCUUAACUGUUUUCCAAGGGUCAGAGUUGUUCAUACUUCUGCUAAGUAUGAUGGCCAAGUGUAUAUCCCUGAGAUCAACUUUCUCCUCAUGGUGGCUUGUGUUGUAGUCACUUGGGGCUUCAAAACCACAGAAAGCAUUGGCAAUGCUUAUGGAAUCGCGGUGGUUGCGGUUAUGGUGAUCACAACAUGUCUAGUUACUUUGAUAAUGCUGAUGAUAUGGAAAGCAAGCAUAUGGUGGAUUUCACUUUUCUUCCUGGUAUACAUGUCAGUAGACCUGAUUUAUUUAUCUGCUGUUCUUUACAAAUUCAAACAAGGUGGUUAUCUCCCAUUAGGCUUAGCACUAGUCCUGAUGAUCAUCAUGGGUAUUUGGCAUUAUGCUCACAAGGAAAGAUACUUGUUUGAGCUCCACAACAAAGUAUCUAAUGAGUAUGUGAGGGAUUUGGCAAAAAACCCGCGAAUCAAACGAGUGCCAGGGAUCGGACUUCUGUAUUCAGAACUCGUACAGGGGAUUCCACCAAUUUUCCCACAUUUUAUAUCUAACAUUUCAUCAGUUCACUCGGUUGUGGUUAUGGUGUCCAUCAAGUCAAUUCCAAUUAGUAAAGUGUCAGUUGAGGAGAGGUUCUUGUUUAGGCAAGUUGAGCCUAAAGAUUUUCGGGUUUUUCGCUGUGUUGUGAGGUAUGGUUACAAGGACAAGAUCGAAGAACCACGAGUUUUUGAGCAUCAGCUUAUUGAGAAUUUGAAAGAUUUCAUCAGGCAUGAGAAUUUCAUUCUUGAAGACGGACAGACUGAGCAAAACAUGCAACAUUUUUCCGGUUUGUUACAAGGGGAUGGAAAGGCUGAUGAAAGGAUCAAAUCUAGUUCAUCUAGAGUACGCAAUGAGGAAUCCUCACCUCAGCAAGAGUUGACAGAAGCAAGAGUUUCAUCAUCAGGUUCAAUCCAGCCUUGUGUUAAUGGUUCAAAAUCAAGAAAUUCUUCGGUUCGGACCCCGGGAGGGGCUACUACAUUAUUGGUUGAAAACGAAUUGCAGAUUGUGCAGAGAGCAAUGGACCAAGGUGUGUUUUAUUUGCUUGGGGAAGCUGAAGUGGUAGCAAGACAAGAUUCAUCUCUUCUCAAGAAAUUUGUGGUCAAUUAUGCUUAUAGUUUCCUUAGGAAGAAUGGAAGGCAAGGGGAGAAAACAUUGGAGAUUCCGAGGACCAGGCUUUUAAGAGUUGGAAUGGUGUAUGAAAUUUAAAGAAUAGGCAUGUAUGAAUAAGAUCUUACCACCCUCCCUCCGCCAAAAAAAAAAAGUUAUUGAAAAUUUGGAAAAUCAAACUUCCCAAAAUAUGUAUAAUAUAUUGAUGUAAUAGUCUCCACAUACAUAUUAAACCAAUUAUAUCCUGGUCAUGCGUGGCCAGUGCAUCUGAUAAUUUUUCUUUUUGCUUCCAUCAUACUGUAAGGGUCCGUUAUGCUUAUAUUCUAUAGAACAUUGAUGUUGGUGACUUAAAAGUAUCCACAAUGGUUUACAGAAUUUUUUU